CUUAGGGUUACAAAAUAAGAACCCCGCAUGGGCCGGCCAUGGGACGUUGGAUUGGGAACGUGAUCAGGGACUUUGUGGCCAGCUACUUCUUUUUAUAUAGCUCGCUCCAUGGUUGUACAGAGAAAAGCCAGUGAAGCCAGGAGAAUGUUACUGAUUAGUAACAGGCCAAGAAAAACAAAGUCCAGUGCUGCAUAAAUUUCCCCCGAGAUGCCCUUUGCACAGACCUACAAGUAUGCUAUUCAUCUUCUGAAGGACAGUCGAUUUCAAUGUCAGUCUUUGCAUAGAGCUGCUUGAAAAACACUUGGUUUGUAAACGAUUGCAGUCAGUUGCAGAUUGUGUCACUUCCUGUCAAGUGUCAUUGGACACAAUGUCUCAGUCACUGCGUCAGGGCACACUGACAUUGGCAUGGCUGACUAGCAGGCUGAGCAGGAGCCUUUGCGUCCGUUCAGUGAUCUCAUCACAGGGUGUGAAAACUGACAGACUGUCUGAAAUUUUGGGCAUUUUGCCAAAAGUGCAAUGUAGGAACCUCUCACUAAGGAGAAAUGAUAGUUACAACUUGGAAUCCAGGUGCCACAGGUGCCCGCUUCACAACCAGAGGUUUUCCAGUAGUGCACUUAGCUGGUCCCCCAAGGAAGAGGACGAGCUUUCUCGUCAAACCAAGGAGAGCCCUGUACAAUCCCACCUACCCACCUUGCCUCCAGCAGAGACCAUCGAGGAGCUCAGGGAGAAGUACAAGUGCCUCAGGAAGACCAAGAAGAACCGUUUUGUCUUGCGACCUGAGCUUGCCCGGUUGGUAGUGAACAAGGUCUGGCCUGAUGGCAACUUGGCCAAGGAGAAAGCUUUGAUUGUUGAGACCAGUCCAGGGCCUGGCAUUCUCACCCGUCAGCUGCUCAACUCAGGUGCCCCUCAAAUUGUCUCCCUGGAGCGGGAGAAGCCUUACCUUCCUGGCCUAGGUGCCCUGGCUUCCAAGGCCACUGGCCGACUCAGGGUGAUGCACGCUGACUUCUUUGCCAUGCACUACCAUGGCACCAAGGAUCUCCACCCGCCCCUGGUCCGCAUCGACAAGGUUUUUGAAGGGCUGAAGGCGGUACCUUGGGAGGCUGAUAUACCCAUCAAGGUAAUCGGCAGUUUACCACACCGUAACGAGAGGACACAGGCAUACCUCAUUGCAAGCCAACUGCUAGAAAGGUUGUCCUCGUUCAAGUACGGUAGAGUUCAGUUUAACGUCUUCAUGUCUGAAGGAUGUUACAAAGUGAUAUCUCAACCAGCUGGCAACAUGUCCAAGUACCGGGCCCUCUCUGCACUGAUGCAAAUGAGCUGUGACAUUGAACUUCUUCACUCAGAACCCCAGGUUUCUUUUCGUCUUCCAACUUCAAGUGGCGAGGCCAGCAGAACGAAUUUUAGUGACAAGGAUCUUAGUUUGUGCCUUGUGAGACUGACACCUAAGCGUGACCUCUUCAUCAAGCACCAGCUGUCUCAGCAUCAAGCCUUUGUCUUUGUGUACUUUGUCCGUCAAGUUCUGGCCAAGAGGAGACAACUUAUGUCAAAAAUGAUCGAAGCUUGGGCACCAGGUCAUGGAGAUAUAGUCCACGACUUCGGCUACGACAAGGAAACGCUAACGGGCAGCGUAAACCCCACCGACCUGCUGCGAAUCUACAUGGCUAUCUGCCACCUGGACAGCUUCAACGGCUCCUGGAUGGGAGAGGAUAUGGUGGGUUAUGCCUCCAGGGUCCUGGACCAAGAGCAUGGAGUGGAGUACGAUGACAGUUUAGCCAGCCGGGGGAUUCUUCUCUGAAGACAGCAGUUAGUAGGUACAGUUACCAUAGUAACAUGUGAGCUUUGACUACUGAGUACCUACUCCCUACCUAGCUUCAAACAGACUGGAUCAAGGUAUUUUUACAGAGUUGUGUAUACGUAUAAGUGCCAGUCAAGGUGAUAGUUUUUUGCUGUCAGCUAACAUGAAUGUCAACAGAGGUUGAAGCAUCUUGGGAUUAGUAAAUACCUUUCUCAAGUGAAUGGCCCUAUUUUU